ACUCUAUACUACGUCUAUGUUCUAACAACCUCCGGAUCAGUGGAUGAAAUGCCAGCGUAUUCGCGGAAAUGUGCGUCCAUGCGUACCUGAGACUGUUUCCUAGGGAAUAAGAGAAUUAAGAGCAAUGCCAGCUAAAGACCCGCUUAUCGAGACACUGAAAGUGUGUAUUUUGGAGCUGCAGGCUGAAGACACCGUGACUGACUCAAGUCCUCAUCUGGCUUCAUGCUGCGAGCUCCUGGAGCUUAUUCUGCGUAAAGGACUGCAGCAACCGGUGCUGAGUUUGACACACAGAGACUACUGGUGUUGUUUUGAGCAGUUAGUUCAACUGGACACAUGUGGAAGGCUGAGCGCUGUCUCUUUAGCUGUGCAACAGACCACAGCGUGUCCCAAACUCCUGAGCGCUCAGGGCCGGGGACGCUACUUCAUCCGCUUAAUGCUGAGCAGGAAAACUCUGGGAAAUGUAGUCAACCAUCUGCUACACACAUCCAGCAUCAUGGAGUGGUACAGUCCUGAUAUUUCUGUAUUGCGGAAUGAGGAAUUUGUAGAGCCUUUUCUCUCUCUGUGUCUGGUUCUCGCUGAAAUGGAGUUCAAGCUCAACAUACAGAACUGCAGCUUUCUGGAUGAGAGCUGGCUGCUCCCGGUGUGUGAAACGUAUGAGGCCGUGCCGUGUCGCGAACUGGGGAUGGUUCUCAGAUAUCUGGACAGGCGUGUGUUUGUGUUGGAGCUGCUCCGAGGUGGUGUGGCUCAGGCGGACAUGUUUGCAGAGCCUGGAGACAUCAUCGAUGAAAUCAACGGCAUAUCACUGAGAAAUUCCAGCAAUGGAAAGGCAGGUGUGGUGCUGUCCAGAUUAAAAGGACAGCCCCUGUUCCUGCGCCUAUUGCGCUGGAGAGGUGAGAACGGCGCUGUGUAUCGCCCCUUGCUGCCGCUUUUACGCCAGCUAAAACAGGAGAAUCCCUCGCUGGAGUUUGGCUCGCCUCUUCCCAAACCCCCAGGGCAGCGUGACAGCCAGAGCCAGUGUGUCAAAGAGGGACGGAUCCUGUAUGCAGUGCAGCUGUUAGGAAAAACAAACAUAGGAAUGUAUGGAGGGAAGGAGGUUUUGCAAUACGCCAUACCCGCUGUGCUACAAAAGAGGCAGAGCAGGAAGGACGUGCUGUUGGAUGUGAAGGAGACACACCUGACCUGCACUGAUAAAUCCAACAAAGAGCAGCUGUUCCAACACCACUUUCCUGAGAUUUCAUGUGUGGGGAGAUUCAGCCAGCCAGAUUUCACCAUCUUCGCUUUCUGUGUAGGAGAUACUCCAGAUACGGGUUUCUGCUGUGUGGUUCUGCAGGCUGCAUCCAGCACUGAGUGUGAGGAGAUCAUCCACCGCAUCGCUGCGGGGUUUAAAAGCACAGAAUGGUUCGUGUGAGGAAACUACAUAAGCUCUGACAACACUGAGAGGUUUUCCAAUCUACAGUGCUUACCUUCACCCUCAUCUCCUGUUUGGGUCAAAAUGUCCCUUUUGAAAAUAACAUUUUUUAUAUUAAAGCUGGAACACUAAAAUUAUUUUCUCAAUGCUAAAUUUGAUGUCUUUGUCAGUUUCUUUAAUAAACCUGAAGGUUCUUAUCAGUAAUAUAUGUAUAUGCCCUCAAGAGUUCCUUUAUUUUUUAUGAUUAAUGUGUGAUUACUGACGGAUCACCGCUGAGCACGUUAUUAUUUUGGUGGUGGAAUAAUUUUAGCACAAUGUCUUUUUACACAUGAAAGAAAAAGAUAACUCAUCUCUAUCACAUCCCUUACCACACACCCACAUGCGAAAACGGAGACUCAUGAUUAUGUGAAGAGAUUUUACAUCUACUCUCACCAUCCACUUUA